AUGGCUAUUAUAUCAGCUAAGGGCCUAUUUCUAGUUUCGGUUUUAGUAAUUACCUCAUUCUUAGAGGUCACUCAUGGAAAUCAACUCACUCAAUAUUCAUUUGAUCCAACCAUUCAUCAAAGUUUUAAACUUCGAUUUCCGAAACCUAAACCUAAACCUCCACGUCCUCUGCCUAAGAGGCAACCACCACCACCGCUGGUUAAGACGCCAACACCUCCAGUUAAGUCGCCACCACCACCAGAUGCUCAACAACCACCUCCACCUCCAUAUGAUGAGCAACCAACUCCUCCGCCAGCAUAUGAUCAUGAGGAACCACCGCCUUCGCCGUCAGGUGAUGAUCAAACAGCUCCUCCGCCGCAUGGUGACUUCGACUACAGUGACGCGCCAUCUCCAUCACCAUCACCGGCUCAUAAUCAGCCAUCAGAUAUGCUGAUACCAUAA